AACUUAUCGUGCAGUCGACAGAAGAAGAAGAAGACACUCAACAAUCAACGUUCAACGACGCAAUAAAAGAAGCAAGAACCGAUAAGGAGAUCUUGAAAAGUGAAAUGUUGAUUUAUGGGUCGUUUUGGAGCGUAAUAAUCUUCAAGGAUUGAGCUUUUUUUAGCUAAUCAGAAUAUCCGCUGAAUCAUUCUGCUGCUUGUAGCACAGGCGAGAUGAAAUUAGAUAAGCAGAACAAUGAAAUUCCAAUAAACGAGAGCAGUGAACGUGCAAGAUUGUCGAGUUCAUCAGUUAUGCAUCCCUUUUUCUCGGAUUUCCAGUCCAAAAUCGAAAAGGCUCUCAAGUCAAAUUUUAACAGACUGAGAAGGGAUGGAGAUGCGUUAAUGUCAUCGAUUGUGGGAAAGAAAGGGGCAUCUGUUAUCUUAGAUGUUGAUCUGGAGAAGCAAAUGCAACCUUGGAAAGAGAAUCCUACAUGGACGGACCAUCCUCCGGAAAUAAAGGUGACUGUACCUAAAGGUUCUCUGUGCAACCUGAAUGUGAAAGUCAAUGUUGGAUUGCCACCAGAUGCCGUUUACAAUAUUGUAACUGACCCUGAAAAUAAGAGAGUUUUCAAGAAUAUUCAGAAAGUAAUAUCAAGGAAGGUAUUGCUUGAUGAAGGCCCAAGGCAGGUUGUGGAACUGGAACAAGCUGCCAUGUGGAAAUUCCUUUGGUGGUCUGGAACAAUAUCAGUGCAUGUCUUAGUGGACCAGAACAGAGAAGAUCACUCGAUGAAUUUCAAGCAAGUGAAAACUGGAUUUAUGAAAAGAUUUGAAGGUUGCUGGAGAGUUGAACCCCUUCUUGUCGAUGAAGAACUAUGCCAUCCAUACAGACCUAAUAAUUUGGCGGAUUAUGUUUCGUACACAAAGGGGAAAGGGAGGAUUGGAUCAAAGGUGAGCUUGGAGCAACUAAUACAGCCGGCUCUUGUUCCUCCCCCGCCCAUUUCCUGGUACGUUAGAGGAAUCACCACAAAGACCACUGAGAUGAUUAUAAAUGACUUGCAAGCUGAAACUGCUCGAAUCAGAAGAUCAUCCAGCACCGAUAAUUUGAGAAGUCUGGGGUUAUCUGAAGAAAGUUGUGGUGAAUCACAAACCGAUAGUUUAUGCAAUAUAAAAGAAAGAUGGGCCUUGAAAAGAAGGAAAGCAAGGAACCGUAAUAGAAGGCACUCUUUCACCGGUCCUGCCAAGUGAUAGUUGUAUUCAUGGUACUCAAAGAUUAAAUUCAUUCUUUGACUGUGCCUGCUAAGUGAUUCUUGUCCUUGUGGACUCAAAAGUUGAAACUCAUUCUUUGAAUGAGCCUGCCAAGCGUUCCCGGUUUCCAUUAAUCAUUGUAUACAGAAUAGAUGUUUAUGACUAAGGAACAUCAACAUGUCAUUUUAGGGUGAUGAAGAUGUAAUAUUUAUCACACUUUCAUUUGAACCUUUGCUGUGUAAUAUUAUGCAUUGUUGCAUAAAUUAAAAGAGUAGUAUGUUAGUCCAUAUGGUUAGGCUUCCA